UUGUUCACAUUGAGAGGAAAAAACAAAUAUACAUGAAGAUGAUCAUACCUGUAAAAGAGCAAAAGAAUCCAAAAAAUUUUCAUAAAGUUUCAAUCUUUUCUUGGGGUUUUCUCAAAUUGUGUAAAGUUUUCAAUUUAGGGUUUUCUAAAGGGAGGAAAUCAAAACUUAAAGCACACAAGAUGAAGAAGGAACUCUGUGUCAUAUCCCCUUUAUCAGGUUGAAUCCGGACUAUAUUUCUCAGCCAAGAUUUUAACAACUUGCUUUUGAUAAGGAAGAUCAUCUGCAGCGAUCAUCUUUGUCAUCUCUAUCAUUAAGUUUUAUUCCCAGUCAAGAAGAUUUGAUAACGCUUCUCCGAAAUUGUUCUUUUGUUUCUGUUAGAGUAUCAACGGGAACAGGAAUCUUUUCGAAGUCCUACUUCUAUAUCCUUUGCAUCCCUCAAUUCAGGAUUGAUGCCUAAAAGAAGCAGAAAUGUUGUGGAGCCACGGCGUUCUUCCCGCCUCCGUGAACUGGAAAAUAGAAGGAACAACAGAUCAGAGGGAGAAUGCCUCCAUGGACUGUCAAUUAGAAGGAAUGACAGAUCAGAGGGAGAGCACACUCAAGUAGCUUCUACACUCGAUUCAGCUGUUGAGCUACGGCAUUCUUCCCGCCUCUGUGAACUGUCAAAUAGAAGGAAUGACAGAUCAGAGGGAGAAAGUCUCUGUGGACUGUCAAAUAGACAGAACGAUAGAUCAGAGGGAGAACGCACAGGGAAUGACAUAUCAAAUGGAGAACGCAUGGGAAAUGACAGUUCAAAGGGAGAAUGCACAGAGAAUGACAUAUCAGAGGGAGAACGCAUGGGGAACAAAAGAUCGGAGGAAGAACGAACGGGGAACGGCAGAUCAAAAGGAGAACGUACGGGGAACGACAGAUCAGAGGGAGAACAGCUCCGUGAACUGUCAAAUAGCAGGAACUCCAGAUCAAAGAACGAAAGAUCAGAGGGAGAACCCAUGGGGAACGACAUAUCAGAGAGAGAACACACGGGGAACAACAUAUCAGAGGGAGAACGCACGGCGAACGACCAAUCAGAGGGAGAACGCAUGGGGAACUACAGAUCAGAGGAAGAGCAGCUGUGUAAAUUGUCAAAUAGCAGGAACUCCAGAUCAGAGGGAGAACGCCUCCGUAGACUGUCAAAAAGAAGGAACGACAGAUCAGUGGGAAAACGCCUCCGAAGGAACUCCAGAUCAGAGGGAAAGUUAAACUCGAUCAACUUUGACUGUUACCUGGAGAAUAUAUGGAGGAAACUACCAGAGGAUAAGAAAAAUUUGUUUGCAUGCCUCGACUCCUUGUGGUUUUCCUCAUACAGAAACAAACGGUAUGAGUCUAAGGUGUUGAGAUGGAUUAAGAACAAAGACAUAUUCUCGAAAAAAUAUGUUUUUGUUCCCAUUGUUCUCUGGGGUCAUUGGUGUCUUUUGAUCUUUUGCCAUCUCGGUGAAAGUCUGGAGUCAGAAUCAACAACUCCCUGUAUGUUGUUGCUGGAUUCGUUGCAGAUAGCAGACUCCUCGCGAUUUGCACCUGAGAUAAGAAAAUUUGUUUCCAGCAUAUUCAACAAUGAGGAGAGGCCAGAGAGCAAGCAGCUGAUUAAGAAUAUCCCACUAUUGGUUCCUCAGGUACCGCAACAGAGAAAUGCUACCGACUGUGGUAAAUUUGUUUUGUACUACAUUAGCCUUUUCCUAGAGAAUGCUCCAGAAACUUUUAGCAUUUCAGAAAGCUACCCUUACUUUAUGAAGGAAGAUUGGUUUACUCAUGACCAGUUAGAAAGCUUUUGGCAAGACCUGCAGACUGUGAACAAGAACUCAUCAUCUGCUGAUGGAAACUCCUCAGAUUCAGAUGAUGUUAUAUGUUUAGACUAAGAGGGGCAUUUAGAUUGUUUUUCUUACAAUAAUAUGAUACUACCCCAAGGGAAGCCUCGGAACAACGAUGGAAUUCGUCGUUGUGUGACCUUGUAGGUCCAAAGUUUGAGUGACCUAUAUAUCACAGAUUUGAGCUGUGGAAUCAGAUCAUGGUAGGCUGACAAUGUAACACUUUUAGAUCUUUACCAAUUCCUAUAUGAACUCGGGAUGCUUCGUGCACCAGUCUUGUUUAUUUUAAGAAAUUAGAUACACUUGAAAGACAGGUAACUGUCUCAUUUGGAUAUUUAAUUGUUUCGACUAUAGUUAUUGCCUCAAUUCCAAACAAGUUAAAGUUCGACUAUAUGAA